UCUACACUCUUCAUUGACGACUCCAGCGUUCUGCCUAGAUACAUCAUCCUACGUUAUCAACGUCAGCUGAACAUACGACAACCCGAGAAUGUCGAGCGUGCUCGACCGUGUGCGGCAGUUGGAAGAGGAAACGCCAUCGACGACCGAGAAGCAACAGCAACAGCAACAGCAAGAUCAGAUUGUCGACGAGGUGGUUGAUACAGCUCACGAAACCUCAGCGCGGCCGGUAGAUGAGCAGGAUGAGGUCAAGACUCGAAUCGAAGAUAGCGAAGAGCCGGAGAAGGUCGAGUCGGUAGCUGUCGAGCCGAGGGACGAGCCGCCGACAACCUCGUUGAACACGAUCCUCCCACCACUACCCGUCCUCGAUCCACUACCUGAAGAUACCCACGCUCCCGAUUCCCCUACCCUCUCCCUGAUCGCCGCACUGCGUCAGCAGAUCUCCAUCUUGACUGACCAAUCCACCGAACUGAAUACCAAGCUCAUCCGACAGCUAGAACGUGCUUCGGAUCUGGAAGACAAUCUCGAACAUAAACGACAUGCGGAAAAGGAGAAAGAUGACCUGAUCGCCAAGCUCGAGGGGGAGAAGGCUCAGUGGGAGGAGAAUAUGAAUACAGGGUUGUUGGUCGAGCGAGGAACUGUGAGGGAAGAGAUGCAGAGGUUGGUUGAAGGGUUGGUGGAAGAGGAGAAACGAAGGGGAAGUGCAGAGAGGGGGAGGGAACAGGUCGAACAGGAGAUCAACGAUUUGACGGGGACGUUGUUUGAGCAGGCAAACACGAUGGUCGCUGCGGAGAAAUACGCUCGAGCACAAGCAGAGACCCGAUCUCGACAGGCAGAAGAAAACCUCGCCGCCGCCGAAGCUGCAAUGAGGGAUAUGCAAGCUCAUCUACAGUCUUUACCUACGAUGCUUCUCCCAGCCGCCGACGUCUCGGCCACGCAAGCUCAGCAGAGACGGUAUUUGGCAGCGACGAUCACCCAUAUCGAGUUUACCUCGUUCAUCGCCUAUAUCCGGAUGCUUAAACCGCAAUACCUGUAUACGGGCCAGGUUUAUCCUCCGGCUCCGGUCAUCUCGAACUUGCUUUCUCAGCCAUUUAUCGCACGUGCCAGCCUGGAGGAUAUCGACCCGACCCUGCGACUGGAUACGGCGCCCGAUCUCGGAUGGUUGAAUAGACGGAGCGUACAGAACGCGAUCGUCACAGGUGAACUCGCUAUCGAGCCCGUCUCCCUCAACACGCUCUUGUCGACGUCGGCUUUUGCAUCGGCGUACCCGCAGGAUAUCGGAUGUGCGAUGUGUGGGAAACAGGUCGUCGUUAGGCCUCCGGGGAGUCAUCUGGGGGGACAGGGUGAGAAGGAACACUUGCCACCGCCUAGUCAUCCUGCUGCCGCACCGGCCAAAGCUCAGGCGGGCUCGAGGUUCUCGUUCAAACCGUUCUUUACUUCGCCAUCGGCUGCACCGUCUCCAGCGGUCUCUCCGGCAGCUUCGCCCAGCCCGCUACCUGCGGCACCUGCGCUCCCCCCUGUCUACGUGUUCAGGAUCAUGACCGCCUCGUCGACAGCCAAUGACAAGGAAAAGGAAUCGCUCGGUCGUUUGUACCCCCUGUGUGCGAGCGGAUGGUGUCUCGCCAGACUGAGAGCGGUGUGCGAAUGGUGGAGGUUUGUCAGGACGGGGAUGAUCGAUGUGAUCUGGAAAGGAGAAGACGGGUGGACCCGACCUGAACGUCCGAUGCCAUUGUCGAUGGGCGGACGGAAACGGUCGAGCAUCGCCCCAAGUGAAGACAAGUCGGCUCCGACUACACCCAAGGCGGCGACGAGUGAGACCAUGCCCCCGACGGCUGAUGCUGAACCGGUCAAGGAGGAUGAAAAGCCAGAGUUGCCACCUAGGAAGAAGAGCGGAUGGGGCUUGGGUUUCGGGUCGUUGGGAGGAGGCAAGGGGCUCGGGUUGAGCAAGGGCGACACGCCGCCUCAAAGCCCGUCGACCGAGUCGCAGAGUCGGUUGGGAGACAACGCGAUUGUGGAAGAGGAGGUCAAGAACCCGGAAAUCCCUGUUGAUGUCCUUCCGACGGUGGAUGAACCCAAAGCUGAGAACAACGACCUCAAGGACGAACACGUGAUGUCAGAAGAAAAGCCUACCGCUAGAGAAGAUGUCGAAGCGGACGUCGUCAAGCAGACCGAGGCUGUUGACGCCAACAGUGAUACCCUCGCCGUACCGAAGAUCAACGAAACGGCCGGCGACUCGGACGCCGAAGAAGGCGGGAACGACUUUUCUACGCCCAAAAGUACGACGUCUGCGCUGUUGGGCGAAGCCGCUCCUAGCGACAAGGCCGAGCAGGACAAGGUUGAGCAGGACAAGGUUGAGCAAGACGACAAGCAGGACAAGGUAGACGAGAAGGUUGAUGAAGAAAUCAAGGUCGAGGCUAAACCAGAAGAGCCCCAAGCCGUCGAUAUCUCCUCGCCCCGAGCGUCGGUGGACAUCACUUCUGCUGCGGGUCGACCUUCGAUGGAUGCGUCGACAGCACCCCCUACACCAGCUCGUUCGGCAGCUCGACGAGCCGUUCCGCCCCCUCCGGGUUCAGCGGCCGCUCCGCCUCUUCCCGAACGCCGUGCUCGCCCCGCAUCCACCGUCACUCUGAACGUCGAUAGCGGCUCGACUGUCAAAUCGCCCAUCCUCCCCGUCACCCCGGAUAUGGCUUCGCAAAGCGCCGGCAACCCGGUCACCCCCGAACCUCCCACCUCUGCUUCGCAGUCAACCACUCCUCAGCCCGCCCCGCCCAAGCUACCCAACCGGGCGUCGAUGGUUCCCGGCACGACCGCCCCGUCGAAAACGGGCAAGCGAUACGUCGAGGGCGAUAGUUGGGAAGCCAAGACGUGGAGAGAGGUCGUCAGGCUCAAGGAGGACAUGUGGAAAGCUCGGGUCGGCUUGGUCGAGGGCGAGGACUGAAGUCCGAGAGGCCUGUUGGGGUCUGGGGUGAUCCGACAUUGGACGUUUCGCAAGAGUUGUGCAUUUUGACGGUGUUGUACACAUUCACAAGAGUUUAUAUCCUGGUUCAUCAGUGGAACGGUAACGCUAUACAAUCCAAUUAUCUCGGUUUCUCUCGCUCUUGCUUGUGGUAUGGUAUAUAAUAUAAAUAAUCUACGAGCAUUAUUAUAAUCGAAAGUCGAAUAGGAACGAGCUCGCGGUAUCAGACGGGACCUUCAGAAAGUCACCAGCAAUCAACAGUUACAAGCCUGAGCGGCUUGUUGUCCGGACGCUUGACCGGGAGCGAGCUUGACGCCCUUCUGCCCUGGUUUGCCACUACCACCGGACGUAGCUUGAGGAGGCGGG